AUGAUUCUCUCAGCAGUCCUACUCCUUGCCUCCGCCGCCCACGCCCUCGUCCACGGCGUAGACAGCUCAACUUUGGUUCCCACGGCCACGUACUCCAAAGUGCACAGCGAAGGAUUCACCAAGGCCGUCAUCCGCGGCUAUCAAGAAGCCUGCGCCUCCGGAGGCAGAGUAGAUCCCAAUUUCGUCCCAAGCUACAACAACGCGAAAGCCGCAGGAUUCACCAACAUCGACACUUACUGGUUGCCCUGCAACGGCAGUGGCAACAAGUGCAAAUCAUAUGCCGAACAGCUUGGAGAACUCCAGAAUGCCAUCAAGUCCAACAAUAUGCAAAUCGGCCGCAUCUGGGUCGAUAUUGAAAAGGACAUGGCGUGCAACAACUGGAACUAUGGCCAGGGUGGUAACUUGAGGGAGGCUCGGUCGUUGACUUCCGCCUUGAGAACUUCGGGUGUUCAAUUUGGCAUCUAUUCGUCUGCCGCGGAAUGGGGUGGCAUUUUCGGCAGUCUUGGUACGGUUGUGGACAGCAGUGUUCCGCUUUGGUUUGCGACAUAUGAUCGCGUUGAGGAUCUGCACAUGAAGACGCCGUUUGGGGGGUGGACGAGCGCUUUUGGCAAGCAGUAUAGUGACAUGUCGGCUUCUGGGAAGUUCAAUUUGAACGUUUUUAGCUCCUAA